UAUCCCUCCCCCGUCCCCCUUCUCUCCCUAUAUCUUUGCCCCCCUCCUCGAUCUCCCCCCCUCCACCCUUCGGGACCGAGAACAGCGGUGAGACGAUCAGGACUAACCGUCCGGCUUCGUCAUCUCCCAUCAACCGAACACAGUCCCGCUCUGUCUCUCCUGUCGCCCCACUGUCUCCCAGCACGCAACAACAAAAGUCUUUUUCACUCGUUUCAUUCUUCCGCCCCAUCAAAGCAAUACAUCGCAUCUGUAUACACGCCUAUACUACCCCUGUACCACAUAUACGUACCCCGACAUACGGGUGUUCACUGUAGAUAUUAGAUCGCUAGCCAGCAACGUGGGAACCCAUCACCACGCCCGUCACCCCUACCGCCCGUAUACAUAAACCCUGUCCCUGCCCAUCACCCGCACUCAUACAACGCACCACACCGCGUUCCUCUCUUAUACCUUGCGUAUAUCCCCGCGUAACUUCGCCACUGCCGUGCUUAGGGAGAUCGACCUCGCGACCCUCGCAGCUCUGAUAUAUAAUCGCUAGGGUUUCAAGGUAAUCCCCAGAGAAGCGCAUUUCCAUCUCUCGACUACUGCACGGACUCGUAUCACUCCACCUCAAAGAUCCGCAGCGGCGGGUGUUGCCUAGCUCGGGCCGUUGCGCCAUCUCCAUUGCCUGCGUGGUCAAUAUCAAAGGCUCCAAAGACGCCAAGUAAUCUCCCCUGCCAAACCGAGCGGGUGUAGAAGUCUGAGAUCCUUUCUCUUUGAGCUCGAUUGAUCUCAUCUCUAUCUGGCUUUGUGAUUGCGAGUCAAAGUGAAAGAGGACUUGCCACGAUGGACUCUCUCUUCUCAUCUCUCCCCCGGCCGAUGUCCCUUUACGUCUCCAACGACCCCCGCUCCAUCUCCCUCCUCGACACCUCUUCCUACUCUCCCUUCCCCACCUUCCCCGGCUCCCAAAAGACUGCCGACCCGUACAACCUCAACAACUUUCUGUUACACCCCGCCGACAAGCUCUGGGACUAUGUCGACCCCAUACCAGACCCUCAAGCGCACGCUGGGUACGGGUCGGGGUCGGAUUCGGAAGGUGAAGAGCCAGGGGCAGGUACAGGGCCGAAGAGGGCGGUGAGGAAGCAAAAAUCGUUGGGCGUGAUGAAGCCGAGUCCGCUCUCGCAACCGCCGAUAGCGGCGUUGGAAGUGGACGAGCCGGUAUACCAAAAAGCUGCGCUCGUGCGCAAGAGGAGCAAGUCGUUUGGCGGGAAUGACUUGGUUGCGAGCAAGGCCCAAGAUGACUUUGUCGAGUCUCUAAGAGAAGCGCCGCAGGUCAAGGAAGAAAAGCCAAAAAAGAAGGGGAUCAAGCGGGCUUUUACGCUAGGGAAGAAGGGACGUACGUCGGAGCCCGUUGUGAUUCCACCGGUGCCCCCUGUGCCAUCGUUGUCCUUCCCCGACGCCCUUCCUCCGCCUAUACCCCUCACGACCCGAACCCCAUCCUCCAACUCUACCCUCUCUUCCGCUUCCUCGACAUCUUCCUCGGAAGGGAUCAAGACCCCCGCCGAAGGGCAGGCUAUCGGAGCGAUGAUUGAAAGCGAGCAGUUGGCGAAUGCUCUGCAGAAGGGCAAGAAGAAGGGACGGAUGUGGGGCUGGUUCGGAGGCAAGAAAAAGGGCGAGCUGUUGUCUGCUUCUAGCUCGGCGAAGACAACGCCCGACAGCAGCACCACCGACCUCCUCUCCAUUCCUUCUUCUUCACCUCAAAACUCGCAAUCUUUUUCCCCCAUCCAACUCCCCUCGGAGCAGUUUGCCAUUGAGCAUACGUAUCUCACGAAUCAGCUACGGUCUUCGUCCAUGCGCAAGAUCACGCAACUCAAAGCCCCGUCACCGCAUCCUUUCGCGUUGGCCUUGAUGCGGGGAAACCGCAAGUUGCCUGACGAAGUCGCAAUGUCGAUACAGAACGGACAGAGGGUCUUCCCAAAGAGUGUCAAUGCCUGGACCGGGUCGGGGGGGCUGAGCCCUGCUCAAGGCGGGCUCCGUCUAGGUCUGGCGGUGAGGGAUGUGAUGAUCAAGCUCGACCGGGGCGAACAGCCGCAGGGUACCAUCAUGGCCCGUCGUCCGUCGAAAAAGUCUCUUGUCCCGCGCCCUCGAGGUGUCUCGGACUUUAUCAAUCGCCCGCCUUUUGAGCAGCGUAAUCUCGUUUUCCUCCCCUCUGGUAUCUGCACGCACGUCUCCAUGGCCCGUCCGGGUUAUGGCGUGUGGGAACUCGACUUUUCCCGAUACAUCCUCGGUCUUUCCGAGGUCGACGAGGGCUCGUCCAUCUUGGGUUCACCGAGGGUCUCGCAAGUGCCCGGUAUCGGGGCUGGGGAGAGGGAAGCGAAGGAAGUGAAGGCGAUGGAAGAAGAGGUGAACAGGAGGGAAAAGAUGGAAGGUGUCGAGGCGGCGCUCAAGGCGUUGACUGCGAAUGAGGGAAAGAACAGUCCGCCUUUGACUUCAAACCCUCUUCUUGGUUCCGAGGCUCCACUACCUGUACCGGCUGUGGCUUCGACGAGACCGUUCUCUUCCAUUCGCCCCAAUGCUGCUCGUUCCAACACGCAAAGCAGUGAAGAGGAGGAGCACGAGGAUGAUGUACCUUUGAGCCGCCGUCGCUCGCAGCUUUCGUUGAGAGCACAAUCCUCUUCUGGCAAUGUUCGCGCUCGUACCCAAUCUCAACCUCACCAUUACGCUUCUGCGUCUCGUUUCUCCCAGGUCCCCACUGCUUCUCGUAGCCCCGAUGAAGCUUUGCGCGAAGUCCAAGCUGCAAGGGAAAGGCGCGCGGGAAACACGAAGGGCGAGAAUGAGCGUCGGGCAGAGAUGGACCGGGUGAGGGAAGAUAGGAAGGUGAAGGACCGCCAGAGCAAGGUGCUGUCGAGGGGCUUUAGCAUGACCGACGUCAAGUCUGUUGACGGCGGGGAGAAGAGACGAAGCCAGAUGACGGGGCUGGGUAUCGGGACGGGACUGCAGCACAAGAGGUCGUCGAGUAGCAGCAACAUGCUCGACUUGAACAGGACGAGCCCACCUCGCCCCGACCGUGAGAGGAGGACAAGCACCUUGUCGUUCUACUCUCAAGCUUCUUCUUCCUCCCACCAACCCCCUGCUUUCCCCAACUACCACGCCAAACGCCCUUCAAACCACCGCACCAAAACCGCGGGCGACUCGCCUUCUACUACCUCUACGCAAAAAUACCACUCGUUCUACGAACAGCGCGCUUCUUCGUCCAGCCUUCCUACUGUCAAUCGUCUACCGCCCUCCUCAUCGCAGGUACCGAUGAUCCCGGUGCCGAUGCACGGUCAGCAGUUUGUUUACCACCAGGCGUACCCGCAGAUGGGCGGCCAGGUCUCUAUGGCGUACGGGCCUGGGCAGGGUAUGGGGAUGGGCCUAGGACAGGCGUUGGGGGUGCCGGUGGGCAACAAGAGAUUGUCGAGAAUGUCAUAAAUCAGCUCUUUCUUCCCCUAAUCAUCCUUCCACCCAUUUGUAGAUUAUAAUUCUUUUUCAACUCACGACAUAUUUUGUCUCUUGUGCCGGACAUUUCAAAAGGACAUUCCAUCUCUCUACACUAGUUCAUUUCAUCACCUUUCCAUACCUUUUUUAUCUUGUACAUAUAAUUGUCGCUCUAGCAUCUUCCUUCUGACGAGACGUUUUCUGUCUGGUAGAUCAAAACAUCAUAUCCAUCAUUGGAGUACCUUGUAAACAUGUAACAUGCACCUUUGCACCAAUACAUCAUCGC